ACAGUUGUUGACAGUGCGCUGUUUACGUUUCUCUACGGAACAACAAAAAACAUUCAACGCCGCGUAAAUCUCCGUAUUUUAUUUGUUAAUUGAUAUUUUUAUAUUUUUUCUGCUGUAAAGCAGCGAUUUAAAGGCUUGCAGAAUGACCAACCAAGAGCGUAAUAUGUUGCGCAAGUCGGAGUUUCCUGAUAUGGCUCGCGAUGCUCUCCCCAUUAUAGAAAAUCUCAUCAUCAACCGGAACAAACACGAUAUGGCCAUGGACUUGAUAGCGGAAUUUGUGUUCCGCGAGCGCCGCGACGAGCCACGUGGUGCUCAAUUUUCGAAACAAACACCCCAACCGCGUCUAACGUCGAUCGAAGAGUUCCAGCUGGUGCUGGUGUUGUGUGAAUUCUUUUCCCGUCCAGGUCCGGACGCCACUCGGAAUGCCGUAUUUCUGUCGCUUUUCGGAGGAUCGAACGCACGAACGAGCGUUCUGAAUAAGCUCAUCAGUACGGCCGUGUCGGGCUCGAUUGCACCGCUUUUGUGCGCUGCAGGGACGUGGAUGCAGCAGCUAGGUUGCACUUCACCGGCUAGCCUUGAGUUGGCGCAGUGUAUCGUGCGGGAUUUUGUAAUUUUCUCUAAAAACUCCUCCGAACAGCUGAAAUCAUUGCCAUUGGUAGCACCACGCUUUGCCGCCAAUCUUAUGACCGCAGUGACCGAUCUCUAUCUGAACGGAACGGCCAAAUCGCAACUUAACCCGCCACCCGAUCUUUUACUCGAUGUCAUUACGGACUGGGUGUCGGAGAAUCCUUCCCUAUGUCUCGCUUCCCAGCAACAGCUGGCACUGCCGACCGGAGCCAUCGCGAUGCCGGUGAUAACGCCGCUCGCCGGUCUCAUCCGGUGGUGUGUGCUUUCGCUAUUGGUUACGGACAACCAGGAGCUGUACAGCAAGCUGCAUCUAGCCGUGCUGCAAAGCUUGCUGGAAGCGACACCGCCCGUAACGAUACCACCAACGCUACAACCGAUCAACGCUCAGCAUCUAAUGCUUAUAGUGAACACGAUUCAGGCCGAAAUGGAGUGUCUAACGCAGCGAGGCCAAUCGUUGGAGGAAGAAAAUCUGCAGAGCUGCUUGGAACGGUUUGCCCAGGCGGUGCAGGUUGGGCUCACAUCGCGCUGUGUCUUUGGCAACAUCACACAGCUCAUGUUCCGGCUAGAAGCACUGCCCGGUAAGAACAAACUGCUGCAAAUCGUCAUCAAUGCAAAUAAAAUUAGUUAAGGGAAAACAAAUUGUAUCGACUGAACGGAAGGAAAAAAAAGAUGAAUUUAUUCUACACACAGCACCGCUGCCAAUUCAAUAA